AUGAAGGAAGAAUUGCCAGUUAUAAUAGAUUACACACCAAAGUCAUUGAGUUACAAAGGAAAAAAAUUCAUGCGAAAAAUACCUAGUCUUCUCAAGAUUUACCUGAUUAGCAUAUUUCCAAUCAUUCAAUGGAUUCAUAGAUACAAUACUACGUGGCUAGUACAAGAUAUGAUUGCAGGCAUCACUGUUGGCAUUGUUAUCGUGCCUCAAAGUAUGGCUUAUGCCAAAGUUGCCAAUCUUGAUCCUCAAUAUGGUUUAUACUCUUCAUUUGUAGGAAGUACCCUUUAUUGCUUUUUUGGCACUUCAAAAGACAUUAGUGUCGGACCCAUUUCUACUGUGUCACUUCUUAUCAGUACUGCGGUCAAUUCUGUAAUUAAUGCAAAUCCUAACAUAACACCAGCCGAAGUAGCAGUGAGUCUCGGUUUGCAUGCAGGAAUUAUCAGUAUCGUCAUAAGUCUACUUCGUUUAGGUAUUCUAGUAGAUUUUAUUCCUGAGCCUGCUAUUGCAGGAUAUAUGACUGGGUCUGCAAUCACCAUUGUUAUCAGCCAAUGGCCAAAACUAUUUGGAAUACCAGAUGUAUCAACUCACGCUUCACCUUAUAUGAUAUUUGGUCAAUUUUUUGCCAAGAUCUCGCAUACCCAUAUUGAUGUUGCUUUUGGCCUAUCAUCACUAGUGUUUCUGUAUAGUGUUCGUUACAUUUGUGUAAAAAUCAAACCUCAAUCACGCAUUUUACAAAAAUUUGUUUUCCUGUUCGGUAUAAUGAGAAAUGGCUUGAUCGUUAUUGUUGGUACCAUAAUUUCAUUUCUGAUUAAUAUGGGUAGAGACGAUAGCCUUUUCUCAAUUAUUAAGACAGUUCCUGCAGGUUUUGAUGCUAUGGCUGUACCUCGUCUUCAUCUAGAUAUAUUUAAAAAAGCAGGAGGCAUAAUUCCAUCCAUUGUCUUAAUCUUGGUUUUGGAGCACAUUUCAGUUGCGAAAUCUUUCGGACGAAUUUGCGAUUAUCAGAUUGAUCCAGAUCAAGAAAUUCUGGCUAUCGGCAUGAGUAAUGUUAUCGGAUCAUUUUUUGGAGGUUUUCCAUCAACAGGGGCCUUUUCCCGUACAGCUAUUAUGGCCCGGUCAGGUAGUCGUACGCCUAUGGCCGGUGUAUUCUCAGGGGCUGUAGUUCUUUUAGCACUUUAUGCUCUUACACCCGCAUUUUAUUAUAUACCAGAUGCAGUAUUGGCUGCAGUUGUUAUUCAUGCUGUAUCUGAUUUGGUAUCUGGAAGCAAAUAUCUUAAACAGUUAUGGCAUUCAAAUCCAAUUGAGAUAGCAGUGUGGGCUGGAGCAGUCAUUGUUACGAUUUUCAUAGAUGUGCAAGCAGGUAUCUACACGGCUGUAGGUCUCUCAUUGAUAGUCAUGCUUUAUAAAAUGGCGAGGCCUGCAGUCACAGUGUUGUCUAGAGUUCCUUCGAUACAAGGCCCCAAUAAAUCAGGCACCAUGGCAUUAGAAACAGACGAGAACUAUUUCUAUGUUAAUGAGAUGGACUCUAACUUUCAAGACAAUUUGGUCAAAUUACCUAAAGGCAUCCUUGUACUUAAGCUCUCGGACUCUAUCAUUUAUCCUAACGCUGAAUAUAUUUCAGACAAGAUUGUUCAUAUUGUCAAACAGAGAACAAGA